AGGUUCAACCUCUGGCUCUAUCUAUAUAUAGCCUCCACCCACCUCACAUUCACACCAUCCAUUACAUACACCUUUCAUAUAUCACCGCUCUCAACCCUUGUUUCGGAGCCAGUAUACAAGCACCUUACGACCUUUUCGGGAAGAAAAAAAAACCCCCACAAAAUGUGUCCAACCGGGACCGCUCUCCGCCCCGAGAUCGCCGAAUCCCGGUCCGACUUGCGGUCGGCGUUCGACGUACUUGACGUGGAUCACGACGGCAAGAUAAGCCGCGAUGAUCUCCGGAAGGUUUACGGCGGCGGAGGGGGAGCAUCGGAGGACGUGAUUGGGGAGAUGAUGACGGCGGCGGAUUCGAACGAGAACGGGUACGUGGAGUACGACGAAUUCGAGGGGGUUUUGGAAUUGAGGAGUAACGGUGCGAUGGAGGCGGCGUUCCGGGUUAUGGACAGAGAUGGAGAUGGCCGGGUCGGGCAUGAGGAUCUCAAGAGCUACCUGAAAUGGGCUGGGUUUCAUGAUGCUAGCGAUGAGGAUAUCAACGCGAUGAUCAAAUUGGGCGGUGGUGAUGAAACCCAAGGCGUGACUUUUGACGGUCUUCUCAAGAUUUUGGCCGUCUGAUUGUUAGUAUAUGAUGAAUGAGCACGGCAUGAAUGAUGACGGAAAAUGAGGUCUUGGGGCGUUGGUUUUGGUUCCUUUUGUUUGUUUUGUUUGAUAAUUGAAUAUUCGGAUUAAUUUAUGUGCAAUUUUAUUAAAUUUAUUUGAGGAGGGCAUAAGGUGAUCGAAGAAAUGCACAGUUGCCAAAGGUUGUUUUUGGUCUAAAUUUUUCCUGCCAGGUAGGAGCAGUAAUUAUUCAAAUGAUUGUUGGCGACAUUGGAUAAAACCUUUGCUGGAAAUUAAUUAGCUCAUGUACUUCUUGAAUUUUUGAUGACUCACCCCUAGCUGGAAGAUCGUGGGAUGUCUUUGAAUGGACCGGCUCCAAUUCAAGAUCCUUAUUACUAGUAGUAAUUUUUUGGCCACU